AUGUCCGAAGCAGAAUGUUCGACGUUACCUCAGGUCGUCUCAACUCGUAGAAAGCCUUGGCGAUUCGGCUCGGACGAUGUACCACAAAUCCACGACAGCCAACCAUCCCUGUACAUCGCCCCCGUUGUGCAAGAGGAGGAGCCACCACUGUCCUCUGUCGAACACUCACCAUCUUCCACUUGCGAAGCUACGGUCGUCGACCACCCAGCAGCCACAGACCAAUCGGCGCUCCAACCACCCGGGUUUGGCGACCUUUAUUCAGCGCCAAUCGCCACAGUUUUUGACCACCUCCCACAAGACGCCCAACCCCCGUCAUCAUCGACCGAACGGCAGACGACUCACAUGUUCUUUGACCAGGCGACCCACCCGCCAGUCCGAUUACUUUCUAGGCUGGACGUGGACGACCUCACGUUUUGGAAACAAAAAGACGUACAAUGGCCAACAGUGGCUGGAGAUCAGCUCAUUGGAAGGUACAUGGAGUUUAUACUAGCUCUUGUAUUAUGUCUCAAGAGGAUCUAUCGCAUUCUCGGCAAGCCCCAGUCUGCUUCUGCCGUUUCCGCGCAUACGUUUGGGGUGUCGAUCCCCUUUCACAACUUUGUCCUGGAUACAUGCUGGAACAGCUUCCCAAAAACGUUCUAUACGCGAGCUACUCCUCCUCACCCACUACCUCCGCCUCAACACACCUCAAAGCCCUCGCUCAUCACCCCGGAACGCACCAACCCUCUGCGUCCACUCCUCACCAACAUCGCCUUCUGCCAGUUGUUUGCCGUGUGUCUAAGCGGCAACUACAAGGACCCAAAACUUCUCACCCUCGGAGCUCUCUCUGGCGUGAGGAUCCAGCCUUUAGAUUCAUUCCUCCUUCAACUUGGAUUCAUUGCUGUUUUGAAGGAUGGGACGGCCACUGGGACCUGCUUUUCUGCUGCGGAAUCAUCGUCGUGCUUCAUCAUACUCCCCUGGGACUGCCGUCUAUACACCGGACCUCUCUCUUCGCGUUCAGGCCUGACGUCUCAUCAAUUCGAUUGGUCGAGUAUGCAUGUCGUCCCGACUGCACAUGCGCAGGGGUCCGACUUCUCCAGACAGGGCGGGUUCCUGUCAGACAUCGCAUUAUGUUCGAGUCACGAAAUGAACCUGAAUUUCCACCGCAUACUGAAGAUUACCCAUCGCAUUUCUCCUGCAAGCCUCACCAAGUUGCCUUCCGUACCAUUGAGGAAGACUUACCGUUUCUCUGACGUGGUUGUGGGUCUCUCGCUUGUGCUUCAGGGUGUCGAUCCGCUUCGACAGGCUGGCGAUCCAAGGACGAACGUUGCUUUCUCUGGGCUGAAGAACUUAGAGGGUAAAUCGAAAAUGCGAGGUUCAAACUCCAUCUUAGUUUUUGUGACUCCCCAACAACUCGAAAGCCACGUUUCUUUUCCCCGCUUCCCAUUCCUGAGGAGGUGGGCUCUCCUCGCGGCUCCACUUCAUCGUAUGCUGAACAGGGAAAAGACUACAACUAGAAACUCGGUCAAUCCUAAAGUCUCCACUACCGCAUUCCUUCGUGCCACAGCUGUCAAUAAUGCCAACAACAACCUUACCCCCCGCUCAAGAUACCUCAUGACAAUCCUGUUUCCUGGGAGCGGCAACUACAACUGA